UGCUACGCCUCUUCAAGCUCUGCUCUCCUCUAUGGCUAUAUGUAGUAGCACAAGAAUGCAAUGCUUUUUAGCAAGCUGCAGAUUAGAGCUACCAAGCUAGCAAGCAAGCAGCUUACCGACAGACACAAUAGUACCUUGUCAGUCCAUCCAUCAUCCAUGGCGAAGCUCGUCUACCUCUUGACCGUGAUGUCCUUCGCCAUGCUGCUACUGGCGCUCCACGGCCACUGCAAAGCUUCUGCUGCAGCAGCUGCCUCGAGCUGCCAUGGCGGCGCCGGAGCUGCUGCAGCAGCAGGAAGGAGCUGCGGCAAGGCUGGUGGGAAGCAGCAGCAGGUGGAGGGAAUGUUCGUGUUCGGGAGCUCGCUGGUGGAUAACGGCAACAACAACUUCCUCAACGGCUCCGGCGUGCGCGCCGACUACCUCCCCUACGGCGUUGACUUCCCGCUCGGCCCCUCCGGCCGCUUCUCCAACGGCCGCAACGUCAUCGAUGCGCUCGGCGAGCUCCUCCGUCUGCCCGGGCUCCUCCCGCCCUUUGCCGACCCGGGCACCAGGGGCCACGCCGAGCUGCACGGCGUCAACUUCGCCUCCGGCGGGUCCGGCAUCCUCGACCACACCGGCCAGACCACUGGUGAGGUGGUGAGCCUGAGGCAGCAGAUCACAAACUUCGAGGCGGUGACCCUCCCCGACCUGCGGGCCCAGCUGCGCGGAGCAAUGGCGAACAACAACCACAUGAUGAAGGGCCAGGAUUCCUUCCACCAGUGCUACCUGUCCAGGUGCCUCUUCGUCAUUGGGGCAGGUGGCAAUGACUACCUGCUCAACUACUUCAACCCCAGGAACAAUGGUACUGAUGGUAGGCCCCCCUUGUCAGAGUUCACAAGGUCUCUCAUCACCAAGCUCUCAGGCCAUCUCCAGAGGCUGUAUGCUCUGGGUGCGAGGAAGUUUGUGAUCUUCUCGAUCCAGCCCAUCGGGUGCACCCCCGUGGUGCGGGCGUUCCUCAACAUCACCGGCGCCGCCUGCAUCGAGCCGGUGAACGACGCGGUGGCACUCUUCAACUCCGAGCUCAGGCUGCUCGUCGGCGGCACAACGUCGCGCAUGCCCGGCGCCAGGUUCGCCUACGUCGACUCCUACAGAAUCAUCAAGGACACACUGGACCAUCCCGCGAGACACGGCGUCUGGGAGACGGGCAGAGCCUGCUGCGAGAUGUCGCGGGGUUCGUCGGGCGUGCUGUGCAAGAAGGAAGGGCCCAUCUGCAGAGACCGGACCAAGUACGUGUUCUUCGACGGGCUCCACCCGACGGAUGCGGUGAACGCCAGGAUCGCGCGCAAGGGGUACGGCUCCAGGUCACCGGAGCACGCCUACCCCAUCAACGUCAAGAAGCUGGCCAUGCUGUAGUAGUAAUAUUAAUUAGUUGGCGCUAGUCUUUACUAAUAUAAAGCAUGAGUUUCCUUAUCCGUUCUCUCCACUUCUCUAAUCAGAUAAUGCAACCUUCGAGUGAUCGUUAGUCAUAGGCUCUAUCAAUCUUAGUUUCAUGAAAAAAAUUAUUGAAAAUAGGUGGGCAUACCGGGUAUCAGUGGUGUGGCCUAUGUUUGUGACCAAUGCUUUCAAGUUCUACUCGAAGCUAGUUCUUAGUAGAUGAUGCUAGACGGUGUUAAUGAUGUAAUUUUAAGUAACAUGCUAAUUUGUAUAUGUUUUCUCGGAUGUUUAUUUCAUUGUAUUUCUAUAUUUGUUUAUUUCAUUAUGACCAUCACUCGCAAG